AUGGCAAUGUGGGAGAUGUUUGUCCCAUGGAUUCCAUACAAUGAAAGCUGGAUCUCCUUCGCAACUGCUGCAUUUGCCUCUUUCUUGGUUGGCAUAGCAUCUGUAUCUGUUAUCUUUUAUGCUCCCCUUGUUUAUGCAGCCAUGAGAUUGAAAGCUAAAGGAAAUAUGCCUCCAAUUCCUCCAGGAAGAAUUGGAAUCCCUUUCUGGGGAGAAUCUCUCGGCUAUCUGAAAUCGUGGAGUAACCUGCUCGAUCUGGACGUGUGGUAUGACAUGCGAAAGGUUAAGAACGGGAAAAUUUUCACGACCCAUAUUCUGGGCAGCCCCACUGUAGUCAUGUUGGGUGCUGAGGCCAACAAGUUCAUCCUUACCAAUGAAGACAAGUUGUUCAGAAACAGCUGGCCCAAAUCUCUGAGAGUUCUGAUCGGGGAACGUGCCAUGACUAGUUGUCAGGGCGCAGAUUACAAAAGGAUGCGGCGGAUUAUUCACUCUUUUCUGGGUAUCGAAACUCUGAAGAAGUCAAUUGGAAGGUUCGAAAGGAUUGUGUUGCACCAUCUGGACUCUGACUGGCGUUCUGGCGAGAUCAUCCAUGCCCACCACAGAGUGAGAGAUAUGGCGCUCUGUGUGGCUGCUGAGUUCUUUUUAGGGUUAAAGGCUGGGGAAGAGCUGGAGAGGUUUAGGGUUCACUUUAAUGAUUUCUAUGCGGGGCUUCUUUCUCACCCUCUCGAUCUUCCCUGGACUGUCUUUGGGAAGGCCAAGCGCGCUCGGGCCGCCAUUGUUGCUCAGAUUGCUUCGAAGAUCCGUCUGCAUAGAAGCUCGUUUAGUGCAAGUGGAGAAGAGGAUGAAAACUUUAUGGGCAUGGUUUUGAGGGCGCAGAAGGCAGGGGGGGACUUUGUCUUGAACGACGAGGAGAUUACAGACAACUUGAUGGGUCUUCUGACGGGAGGAUAUGAUACUACUGCCUCAGCUUUGGCCACAAUUCUUAAGUAUCUUUCUCUCUCGCCAUGGGUGUUACGACGCCUGCGUAAAGAUUGUGAGAAGCUUAGAGAUAGCAAGAAGGAAGGAGAGCCUUUAACUUGGAAUGAGAUUAAAAGUGUGGAGUACAUGCAUAAUGUAAUAUCAGAAGGAUUACGCAUUGUGCCCCCUAUAAAUGGAGCAUUUAAGCAAGCAAAAAUGGAUGUUGUAUAUAAUGGUUAUACCAUUCCAAAAGGAUGGAAGGUUCAUUACUCCAUUAGCCAAACAAACAACAAAGAUGAAUACUUUCAAAGUCCAAAGACAUUUGAUCCAGAUCGCUUUAAUAUGAGACACAAGCCAUUCACCUACAUUCCUUUUGGACAAGGCAUUCGUAUUUGCCCAGGAAAUGAGUAUGCAAAGAUAGAAAUGGAAGUAUUUCUAUAUCAUUUUGUGUUGAGAUAUGAUUGGGAUUUGGUGGAGGCCAAUGAGACUCUCAACAUGUACUUUAGUCCUCAACCCAUAUAUGGUUUACCUUUGGUUCUUAAAACAAUAGCUUAA